AUGGAGAUUAUGGUUGCGCUAUUCAUUGCUUCCUGUUGCUGCUCUGUGCUGCUACACUUGGUAGCGAGAGCGGUGGCCAGACGUUGCUGGCCAGACUGGGAGCGAGAAGUGUCCAUGGAGAAUCCGCGCAUAACGCACGUUGUACUCGUUCAAAUUGCUGCCGGCUCUGGCUCUGAUGGGCUCGUGCUCAUCAUGAUGAUGCUGACUGGAGUUUUGCUUUGGACACCUGACAGUACAGCCACCCAGAUUGCCGGAUCGCCAGUGGUUUGGGCGUUGUGGGUGCUGCACUUGUCUUGUUUGUGGCUUUCAUCAAGGGUCGUAAAGCUGACACCCUCGCAAUUGCAGAGUGUUGGGCUUUGCUGGCAACUGCUGUCAGUCAUGUGCGUGGUCUUUCCACGCGGUCAUGCCUCUAGCUUUGGCCUUUGGCUCCUUCCGGCCAGUGCCCUGCUACUUGACUACACGAACAGUGUUAGGUUGAGCCUUGCUAGCACUGGGAUAGCAGUGUGGUGCCACAUAUCCGCCUGCAUUCCUCCCGCCGCACAGCCUUCAGAGCACAGUGCCGAUCACCAACUACACAGCUUGGUGCAGCUGCUCAUCUCGGAUUGCAUGGCCUUCUUUGCAGCAGUGUCGGUUGCUUCUGCCCUGGAUUUCUGGAUGCAGAGAAGCACGAUCACACUCUGCGAGGCUUAUGGCCGAGUGGUGACCGCAUUGUCCGACGCGCAGAUCAUGCUCGACUCCGACCUUGGUGUCGUCGGCUCUGCUGC